AUGCAUUUAGAGAUUUUGAUAGAUGGAUUAGCUAUUGAUCGAUAUGUGUUGACAGGUGAUGCUUGUAAAGAAAAUGUAUGUGGAAAGGGUAACUGCAGAGUUUCAAACGAGAGCAGUUUUGGUUUUGUAUGUGAAUGUGAAGCUGGGUGGAAACAAGCUCGUUCUGAAAAUGAUACUGAUUUCAAGUUUUUGCCUUGUGUCAUCCCUAAUUGUACACUCAACUACUCAUGUGGACAUGUCCCUGCCCCUGCGCCAGAAUCUGAGAAAAGAGCUAAUCUUUCAAUUUUUGACCCCUGUCAUUGGACGGAUUGUGGUGGAGGCAGCUGCAACAAGACGUCCCUGUUCACACACAGGUGUGAAUGUGAAGAGGGUUAUUACAAUCUACUAAAUGCCACUGCUUUCCCGUGCUUCAAGGAAUGUGCAAUUGGAAUGGACUGUUCAAAGCUUGGGUUUGAUGUAAUGAACAAAUCAACUUCUCCUUCUAGCCCCAAUCUGGCUGAUAUUAGCAAUAAUGAAGGAGCAAGCUUCGUCCCCAGAAAUGAAUUUGCUUGGUCGAUUAUCACAGCGACAACAUUGGCUCUGGUUAUGGUGAAGUAG